AUGGAUGUGGUUAACGAACUUUACGACACCUUCAUUGGUGAUUACAUCUACGCCUUCGCAUACCCAAAGCGCACCGCUCUCUAUGACUAUCCCCAGGCCACCAAUGCUUCGGCGCAACCCUUCUCGUCAUGGCAAUAUGAGCCCUCGACCUCGUUCUUUUCCAUCACACCAAGCAAGGCGGCAUAUAUGAGUGAAUGGUCCAGGGACAACAUCUACCGCCAGGCCAUUAACCUCUUCCUCAUCACCUGGAUCUUUGGUUUCGUUCUAUACUUCGUCUUUGCCACCUUGUCCUAUAUCUUCAUCUUCGACAAGGAGACCAUGAAACACCCGAAAUAUCUGAAGAACCAAGUACGCAAGGAGAUUCGCCAGACCAUGGAGUCCAUGCCGGGCAUGUCGCUCUUGACCCUGCCCUUCUUCCUCGCUGAAGUGCGCGGCUACUCCAAGAUGUACGACACCACGGCCGAAGGCCCUGGCAUGUGGUACAACUACUUCCAGUUCCCGCUCUUCCUCAUCUUCACCGAUUUCUGCAUCUACUGGGUCCAUCGGGGCCUACACCACCCGCGCGUCUACAAGACCCUCCACAAGCCCCACCACAAAUGGAUCAUGCCGACUCCCUACGCAUCGCACGCAUUCCACCCUGUCGACGGCUUCGCGCAGUCGCUGCCCUACCACAUCUUCCCCUUCAUCUUCCCCCUGCAGAAGCUGGCCUACGUCUUCCUCUUCGUCUUCAUCAACUUCUGGACCAUCCUCAUUCACGACGGCGAGUACGUGGCCAACAGCCCGGUCAUUAACGGUGCGGCUUGCCACACCAUGCACCACCUGUACUUCAACUACAAUUACGGCCAAUACACGACGCUCUGGGACAGGCUGGGCAACAGCUACCGCAAGCCCAACUUGGAGCUGUUCCAUAAGGAUAAGAAGAAGAGCGACACCGAGUGGAAGAAGCAAGUGCAAGAGAUGGAAAAGAUGGUAAGGGAGGUCGAGGGCGAGGACGACAGAACCUAUGUUGUUCCGGGCGAAGAGAAGAAGACCAACUAA